UUCUUAAUUGUUUCUGGACCUCCGGUCUGUCUCCAGCGAAUUCUCUUCGUCACGACUGUAAUCAGCUUCUAUCGUCACGCCAAAAGUCUUUGCCACACGAAACUCUGAGCGCGCGCGUCGCGUACCAUAUCACACCUACAUGCGCCUGAAUCUCGGCACAUCUCUUCGUUAGACGACAACUUCUGUUCUCUUGCCCGGAGGCAUGGACCAAAUCUCAGAUACGAGCCCGCGCUCUGGACCAGAUUCCUCAAGAACAACAGCCGACAAAAGACGUACUCUCAGAACCUACAGCAAGCGUACGCGCGCAGCUGACGACGAAGUCGGGUCCCUCCUGUUCAAGAAGCGCAAAGCCGAAGCCGAACCACCAACGCGGACGCCAGACCUUCCACGGCUGCCUCCCGCUCAAUCUGCGCCGCCAUCAAGCAGCAUACCCAAGAGCUCAAUUCUGAGUUACUUCAAGCCCUGCCGGUCAAGCUCGGCCACGGAAGCCUCCGACCCCUUGUCCGACUCGGAAAAGCUGGUCAAUACUCCACCCUCAUCACCUCCCGUCUUCAGAAAGAUCAAGGAACCCCGCCGUCUGAAGCUACGACACAGCACGCCACUGUCACAUACAUCGGACCCUUUGGAGGGCGAAAAGGACGAGAACGAAGAAGGCAGUGUCAUCGUUGAACGGAAAGUACAAAAUACUCGCAGGACAAGAGCACGUGGUGCUACAGAGCUGCAAGAUGUCGACGAGAACAAACUCAACGAGCUUGUCGACCUCGGGAAGAUCGAAUCCCAGGUUAAGCUGAAGAAACCUUCCUCCCGAUCAAAGCCUGUUCCGACUGUCCAGACGACCAUCAACCUAUCUUCGAAACCUACUUUUAUGGAGUGUAAGACGUGCCGGAUAGUGUACAACCCGCUACACCCGGCAGACGUCAAAUAUCACUCUCAACGGCACGCGGCAUUCCUCCGGGGCAGGGCGAAAGCAUGAGACUUGGCGCAACAUCUCUGGCAUAGCAUCUGUUUUGAAAUAUUGAUUCAAUGAUACCCACUUAGCAACAAUAAGAAUAUCCUUUGCAUUUCGUCCAGAUCGUAAGAGCGUUUAUGAAGCAUGAGGUAGCUAAGCUAAAUGAGUGGCAAGAAAGUGAAGAAAGAAAACAAAAUGAGCGACAACAAAUGAG